AAUUCGAAAAUCGGCAUCUAACGUUGGCCCCUGCAAGCGUACUUGCCUUCCUGCAUUUCUGUGGUACCAAAACCCUCACUCCCUUUAGAACCCUAGACUCGUCCUCUCUCCCUCGCAUAAGAUUUUCUUUCUAAACGACCAUCUCCACUCCUCUUGAUCUCUCCUCUUCCUUGCCGCUCGUCGAUCCUUUCCAAUGGCGGAGCACGAGAACGGGAAUCUAGCUGUGAAUCCACCGGAGAACGACGAGGAGGAGCCGAUAGUAGGCCCCGGCCCCGCCCCUCGCCCGCGUUCCAAGCGCCCUCUCCAGUUCGAGCAGGCCUUCCUCGAUGCCCUCCCCUGCGCUCACAUGUAUGAGAAGAGUUACAUGCAUCGAGAUGUGGUCACUCAUGUUGCUGUAUCGGCCGCAGACUUCUUCAUUACUGGAAGCAUGGAUGGACAUUUGAAAUUUUGGAAGAAGAAGGCUAUUGGAAUUGAAUUUGCUAAACAUUUCAGAUCUCAUCUUGGUCCUAUUGAAGGCCUGGCUGUUAGUGUUGAUGGUUUAUUUUGCUGUACAAUUUCUAAUGAUCGGUCGGUGAAGAUUUAUGAUGUUGUAAACUUUGAUAUGAUGGUGAUGAUGCAUCUUCCAUUUAUUCCUGGUGCGGUUGAAUGGGCUUAUAGACAAGGAGAUGUUAAAGCUAAGCUUGCAAUUAGUGACAGAAAUUCCUCCUUUGUUUACAUAUAUGAUGCACAUGCUGGUUCGAAUGAACCAAUCAUCUCGAGAGAGAUUCAUAUGGGACCAGUAAAAGUUAUGAAGUACAACCACAUAUAUGAUGUUGUGAUAUCAGCUGAUGCCAAAGGAGUCCUAGAAUAUUGGUCUCCCACUACACUCAAGUUUCCAGAGAAUAGUGUGAAUUUCAAGUUAAAAAUGGACACCAAUCUUUUUGAAAUUGCCAAGUGCAAGACCACUGUCUCUGCGAUUGAGGUGAGCCCAGAUGGCAAUCAGUUUGCUAUAACAUCUCCUGAUCGCAGGAUACGUGUCUUUUGGUUCAAAACGGGUAAACUGAGGCUUGUGUAUGAUGAAUCUCUUGAGGUGGCCCAAGAUUUACAAAGAAGUGGUGCUCCUUUAUAUCAGCUAGAAGCAAUUGACUUUGGGCGAAGAAUGGCUGUUGAGAAGGAAAUUGAGAAAACAGAAAGUGCUCCACAACCAAAUGCUAUUUUUGAUGAGAGCUCUAACUUUCUUAUUUAUGCAACUCUUCUGGGUAUAAAAAUAGUAAAUUUGCACACGAAUAAGGUGGCCCGAAUUCUUGGAAAAGUGGAGAACAAUGACAGGUUUUUAAGAAUUGCUUUAUAUCAAGGUGACAAGAGUAACAAAAAAGUUAGGAAGAUUCCUGCAGCUGCAGCAAAUGUCAAUGAGACCAAAGAGCCUUUGACAGAUCCUACACUUCUUUGUUGUGCUUUCAAAAAACAUCGUAUCUAUUUGUUCAGCCGAAGAGAGCCUGAAGAACCUGAAGAUGCAACAAAAGGAAGGGAUGUUUUUAAUGAAAAGCCACCUCCUGAGGAGCUUUUAGCGGUAUCUGAUAUAGGAAAAGCUGUCACAACAUCCCUUCCUGAUAGUGUGAUUUUGCACACAUCUCUUGGUGACAUUCACAUGAGACUGUACCCAGAAGAAUGCCCAAAAACUGUGGAGAACUUUACGACUCAUUGUAGAAACGGAUAUUAUGACAAUCUUAUCUUCCACCGGGUAAUCAAGGGAUUCAUGAUACAGACAGGAGAUCCUUUGGGAGAUGGCACUGGUGGGCAGUCUAUAUGGGGAUGGGAAUUUGAAGAUGAGUUUCACAAAAGCUUGAGGCAUGACAGACCUUUCACAGUAUCAAUGGCAAACGCUGGACCAAAUACAAAUGGUUCUCAGUUUUUUAUUACCACCGUGGCCACACCAUGGCUUGACAAUAAGCAUACUGUUUUUGGCCGAGUUGUAAAGGGGAUGGAUGUUGUUCAGGCAAUAGAGAAGGUAAAAACAGAUAAGAAUGACAAGCCAUAUCAGGAGGUCAAGAUCUUAAAUGUUACUGUUCCCAAUCCCUAAACUUCAUUAUCUUUUCCAUUGACGAUGAUGGUAUGUGUUUCUCUAAGUCUGUUGUUUGAAAUCUUGGCUUGUGACCCUAUUUCACAAGAUAAUCCAAUACUUUUCAAUUUUCUAUAUGGUUAUAGUUUAUAUUCUCAGUUAAGGCAUGUAUAAUUCUCGAAAGAAGGAAUGUAAAUUUAUUUCUUUGUUGGUCAAGUUUAAGGAUUUCCCUUGGUA